AUGGCUCUUGGUCGGAAGGAGUACAAGAAUGAUGAUGAAAAUGAAAAUCCUUUUAAAAACUACAUGGGAAAGAUGGGCGGUCAAAUGGAUACCAUGACGGCUCAGCCUACACCAGAAGGGGGACAACCAAAGACUCCUGAUGAAGUUUUUGCUCAUGUUUUGCCAUCAAGUAAAUUUCUUCGAAAUGUUGGCCUUGACACAGCAGUCUCCAAGAGAAGCGCUACUGCUGCUGCACGUGUACAAGAGCUGGAGGUUGAAGUUGCGGCCGAGAAGUAA